AUGAGAUUUUUCAAGCUUUUUAUGUCCUUUUUACUGUCAUCAGAGGCAGCUCUUGAGGGUUGUGAGAAGAAUGCUGUAGCUUUGGCGGUCAGACAAUGCGCCUUGUUUUGCACAAGAAACUUUCUGACGAUAAAAGGCUGCGAAACAAUUGAAGAUGCAAAGGGCGGUUCUCGAAUGGCAGUUCUCAAAAUGGCCGAAAUUCCCUACUGCGAAAUGGCCUUCCAAGAAGAAAUCGUCAAAUGUUUUGCUCGAUAA